UCGUCGCAUCCCGUAGCGGCUGAUGACGUGUAAUACGUGCGCCCUGAACAUGCAGCGCGUUUCAGGGCUUGGAAAGAUUCUGGUCUCCUUGCAAGCAAGGGGUGCUCCGGCGGCGCAGCAAUGGCAUUUGGCUCGUCUCCUUCAUGUUGGCAUUCCUGCACUGGCAGCAAAGGAAGUGCUGAUGAAACUUAGGAAGAAAACUGGCUAUUCCUUUGUGAACUGCAAGAAAGCCUUGGAAAAAUACGAUAAUAGUGUUGAAGAAGUGAGAACAAUUUUGUGUGCUGAAAUCUGGCUGCACGAACAAGCCCGGAAGGAGGGGUGGAGCAAAGCGCUGAAACUUCAAGGGCGGAAGGCAAAAGAAGGGCUAAUAGGGCUGCUUCAGGAGGGCAGCUCAGCAGUAAUGGUGGAGGUGAACUGUGAGACCGAUUUUGUGGCCCAAAAUGUUAAAUUUCAACAGCUGGUUCAGCAAGUAGCAGUUGGAACAAUGAUGCACCAUAAGGAAACCAUGGACCAGUCAAACACAUAUGCUAAGAGUUUCUUGAAUUCUGAUGAGCUUUCUCAACUCAGGAUGGGACCGGAGAGUUCAUUGCUUAUUGACCAACUUGCUCUGGUGAUAGGCAAGCUAGGCGAGAACAUCGUUGUCAAAAGGGCAGCGUGUAUAUCAGUGCCUGAGAACUUAUUCAUUGGCUCUUACGUACAUGGGCCACUCUCAGAAAGAAGCCCACUGCUUGCUAACAUGUUACUCGGCAAGUACGGUGCCGUGGUGAUCUGCAGUUCCUCAGACCAAGACCAAAAGUUGGAUGUCACUGAACUGGGCUGGAGACUGGCCCAACAUGUGGUAGGUAUGGCCCCUCUCUCUGUAGGCUCUCUGGAAGACGAACCUGGAGAUGAAUCUGAAACAAAGAUGCUUGCCCAGCCAUACCUGAUGGAGCCAACUAUUUCUUUGGGACAAUACCUUCAGCCUACUGGUGUAUCUGUGUUGGAUUUUGUGCGGUUUGAAUGUGGAGAAGAUCCAGAGUUGUCCAAGUCAAGCUAGAAAAGAUUUUUUUGUUCUGAGAAAGACUAAUUCCCAGUUCUGCUUGGGCUUGGGGAUAAUUAACAGAAGUAGCUGGUAAUGCCAGUAAUGCUAUGGUAAUGCUCUGGAAGCCAGCAAUAAAAAACACAACGUGUCUUUUGAAAACUCAGAAAUGGCUUUUGUGGAAUGUGACUGCCAAAAUGUGGCAAACAGAUGUUAAUGUAACAAAUAAAAUAUGAAUUCCUUCUUUGAGUGUGAUGGUAA